CCUAGAAACCUCUCUCUCUCUCGCCUAUUGUUGCCGUUGCUUGAUAUCUUUCGCCGUCGUCUCUUGAGAUUCUUGCGAAGAUGGUUCUUCAAAACGAUAUCGAUCUGCUUAACCCACCUGCUGAGCUUGAGAAGAGGAAGCACAAACUCAAGCGUCUUGUUCAGUCUCCUAAUUCCUUCUUCAUGGAUGUGAAGUGCCAAGGCUGCUUCAACAUCACGACUGUUUUCAGUCACUCCCAGACUGUUGUGAUGUGCGGAAACUGCCAGACAAUUCUGUGCCAGCCUACAGGAGGAAAGGCAAAGCUCACCGAAGGAUGCUCUUUCAGGAGAAAGGGAGAUUGAUUGAAUCAAUCAUCUGAAAUCAA